AUGACACUGAAUUCUUCUUCAUUACUUGCAUCGGUUCCGGUAGCAAAGGGUGAUUCUUUGAACCCUCCGUCUAAACAACAGAAUGAUCACAAAAGCUACCCAAAGAACCCUUCCAAGCCCCGCAAGAAUCAUCAACUGGUGAAAACCACCACUCGAAAUCGACAAAAGGGCCCCAAGAACUACAAUAAUGAAGAGUCAGAGGUCAUUUUGGCUCUGUCGGCCAAAGGCAAGGGUAGAAUUAAACAGCAGAUAGAUGCUGGAGAGUUUUUCCAAUUCCAAUCGUAUAAAGAUCUGAAGGAGUACCAAGAGAAACACCUGAUGGCCAACAAAAGAGGUGGAGGUGGCAACAGUCGACCAUAUAAAAGAGGUGGAGAUAACUUUUCAAAUAAAGUCCGCUUAAAAGGAAUGACGUUCAUUAAUGUCAACUAUAAGUUUGUGGUCGAUGGUAGACAGGAAUAUAAUACUCAACUUAUGGAUCCUAACAUUCCCUUAGAUUUGCAUGAUAUAAUUAGAAUCAUUGUUCCCAAAGGUAAUGCUUGUCCCAUCUGUUUGACUGACCAGCCAGUUGCUCCCAGAAUGCUUACAUCUUGUGGCCAUAUUUUAUGUCUUUCAUGUUUGAUCUCGUUACUUGAUAGUGAGGUCCCCAAAGCUAAGAAACAAGAAGCAGAUGCUGUCGUCGAAAAAUAUAGAGAGUGUCCUUUAUGUACCAGCAUUAUAAGGACAAGGGAUAUCAAACCCGUGCUUGUUAAUCAUAUUGAUGAAAGAUUUGAAACUCCAAGAAUCAAUGAUGAUGUUGUAUUAACUUUAAUGGAACGAUCUCAACUGAGAUCCCUUACAUUACCUAAAUCUAUGCACGAGUUUCAAGAUUUGAUACCUGAUUUCCCAUGGAUCUCGUCUAAUGAUGGUGAUAAUGAUGUCCCUGAUUUCUCUCAAUAUCUGCGUAUCUUCAAAGGUGAUAUGGCAUAUCUCGUUUCUUUGUAUGAAUUGGAAAAGACGCAAAUUUUACACGAGUUUGAACAGGAGAAACUCUUGUACAACAUCGAUGACAAAUACAUCAAACUAGCCAUUAAGGACAUUGACAAUGAUAUUCAAUCAUGGCAGCAAAAGUUUGGAGAACCCAAGAAACCAAAUACCCGUGCCAUGGAACAAGAAAGAAGUAAUAAUAAUGAUUUCUAUUAUUUCUAUGAAGCAGGAUUUAAUGCUCAAUCUGUUUAUGUGUUAUCACCUUUGGACGUUAAGAUAUUAAAGACCAACUAUGAUAACCAGUACUCUAACAUGCCAUCAUCACUAGUGGCUAAGAUUGAAAAUAUUAGAUACGAGGAAUUAACUGAGGAAAAUGCCUUGACAAGAUACAAGUAUUUGAAUCAUUUGCCCUGUGGAACUACCAUUGGCUUUAUAGAAUGCAACUGGAAGGGGAAUGAAUACUUAAGUCAAGAAACAUGGACCUUAUUUGAAGAUGAUUUAGCCCACAGAUCGCGUACUUCAUCUAGGAAGUUUAAAAGAGAAGAAAAGAACCGAAUUAGAGCUUUAAAUGAGCAAGAGACAAGAACCAGAAACUUUUUUGAAAGAGAGAAUAAUCCGCAUCCCCAUAAUGAUGAAGAUAAUGAUAAUAAUUAUGGGUAUGAUGGGAAUUUAGGUACCCUUAGCAUAGUUGAUCAUCGUGAACUUCCACCAUUAUUACGUAGAGAGUCGGAUGUUUCGUCUACUACGUCAAGUAUUACACCGGAAGCGAGAGGAUCAACCAGUGGAGGAUUUUCCGGUCAAAUGACCACUACUAUUUGGGGAACGCAGAUUCCAAAAGCCGAAGUACCUGAAGAUUCUAUUGAGGAUGAUUGGGAUGCAGACGAGAUGAUCCGUAAGGCUAGGGAAGAUUUCAAGAAACAAAACAACGGGAAGAAGGGACGCAAGAAGAAGUAUUAUGCUAUUCUGGCUGUCUCUACGUCUGACACUUCCGUGGCGGACUUGCGUAACACCACCGACGAAAACCUUGCCAAUGUCUUGGGCCAAUUGGGGUACGAGGAAGACUUCAAACUAGUCGACACCAAACUUGCCCUUGGACUCUUCACCGUAGCCAUAUCGGCCGGAUUAUUCUAUCUUGAUAAAAAGUAUACUUUCAACGAAACCAAAACCGUCACUUUGAUUGGUGUGGUGGUAUAUGGUAUCGUGUCGUUAAUACUAUGGAUGAUCGACAGAGCGAACCCCAAUGUUAAGUUCGUUGGUAGUAAUGACGCAAAGAAUAAGAUCCACGUAUCGACAUCGACCCCUUCAAAGUAUGACCCGGUAUACAACGUGACCAUUGAUGUUGAUGGAGUCAAGUGUGAGACCAAAUGGGAGUUUAUGAAGAUGUUUGACACUGCUGGCUAUUUUCAGAGUCAAACGGUUGUUGAGUUGUUCAGGACUGAGCUUGAAAAGGUGCAGAAGAAAGAGGAAUAA